GAGGAUUUCGAGAUGUUGUUUUGGAAAUUGCACAUGUCAUAUUCUUCUCUUUUAUAAUCUGACUCUCUGCCUAUUUAACUUCUGGCUGCUUCCCACACGUGAAGACUGCCAACAGACUUGUGAACUCAUCCACAUACCGAGAACCGGUGCUGACUACAUCUAUGCAAGAGUCCCUAGUCCCGAAUAGCGCCAGGCAACCUCCAUCUAGAUAGCCUCACCCAGCUUGCCUAUUCUCCCCUCCGUUUUCCGUUCCUUAUCUUUCUUUCUGGAGCGCCUCAAUACAGUGAUUACCCAUAAAAUCACUUUUUUUUCCUGAACGGCAUCUAUCGAACAUCGUUUCUGCAGUAUACAUCCAUCCAGCCAUCCACCCACUCGCCAUGUCGAAGCCAGCCGCAGCAGGAGACCACACAUUCCGGUCCUACUCGUCCCAGGAUGCAAAGAACUACGCUCAAAUCCGUCUUCACUACAGCGAGGCCCUAUACAAGAGCAUAACCGACUACCACACCUCGACGGGCGGCCAGCUCGGCACGGUGGUCGACCUCGGCUGCGGGCCGGGCAUCGCGACCUUCAAGCUCGCCGACUACUUCGCCAGCGUGACGGGGCUCGACCACAGCAAGGCCAUGAUUGAGACGGCGCGCGACCGCCUGGCCACUGAGGACGAGAAGGUGAAGUCGGCCGUCAGGUUCGAGGUGUCUACCGCCGAGGAUAUUGAUCCUGCCUUGGUCCCGGAUGGGAGUGUCGAUGUUAUCACGGCAGCGACCUGUGCGCAUUGGUUCGAUAUGCCCCGAUUCUGGCCCACCGCGGCACGCAUCUUGAAGCCAGGAGGCACAGUGGCCAUCUGGUGCAGUCAAGCUGCAAAUGCACACCACUCUGUGCCCAACGCAGCCAAGAUCAACGCCACGCUCGAGAAGAUGGUAGAUACCGAACUAGACCCCUACUUCGAGCCCGGCAACCGGCUGGCGCGCAACAUGUACGCCGACCUGCGUCUGCCAUGGACGGUCGACCCCCCUGAGCCGGCCUUUGACCAGGCCUCGUUCCAGAAGAAGUUCUUUGGUUUCCAAGAGGGCGAUGAUCCCUUCUUCGAGGGCAGCGUCGACCGUGAGUUUGACCUGGACAUGGUGGAGAAGUUGCUGUCCACCUCGAGCCCUGUCACCCGGUGGCGGGAGGCCCAUCCGGAGCUGGUUGGGACCGAGGACGAUAUUGUCCGCAGGAUGAGGCGAGUCAUUGAGGAGAACCUGCGCGAGGCUGGCGUGGCUCCCGAGGACUUCAAGGUCAAGGGGGGUCGGCAUGGGCUCUUGUUGACGUUGAAGAAACGGGCUUGAGAACAAAGUUUGAUGCGAGGCCUUGUUGCCACUUGUUCUUUUCUUUCUGAGAUGUCCUUCGCAUUCUACUUGUUGACACGCACCUUAUGUGUGUAAAUCACAUUAAUUUCAUGUGAAAAACAACAACCAGUAAUUACCCAUCCUAGUACUAAAUAGUUUAUUGAUUUGAUUUCAUUGGGCAGAAGUAUUCCCCAU